AUGAACCAUGCAAAAGUUCAAACUCUAGGAUGCGCGUUCCCUCGAGUGCCAAUGGAACAGCAGAAUAACAAAGAAGAGCAUGCCUUUUUAGAAAAUUUUUGCAGUCUCUUUAUGCACGAAAUUGAAGAGUUAAAGCUCCAAUCUGACCAGUUGGUAAUAUAUGAAGGAAAGAAAAGCAAUGAACUGAAAAAAAAUGGCUCUGCAGAGGGAUAUGACGAUGGAGAGGGUGAUAAUGAUAACCCGGUAGAGGUAAAAGAUGAACAGGUUGAAGCGAAAAAAGGGCAUUCUUCUUCUUCUUCUUCUUCUUCUUCUGAUGAUGAUGAUGAUGGUUAUGGUGAUGGAGAAAAGAAAAGUGAAAAUUAUAACUACUUCGAACAUGGCCGAGAAUAUAGGAAACUCCUUUUCCUGUUUAGCUGCAUUGGCAAGGAGUUAUUUAUGGAUGGACAUUUAAUGAUGGAGGGAACAAAAAAAAAAAAAAAAAAAAAAAAAAAAUUUGUUGUUCAGAAAAAUCAUUUUGUUAUAAAAUACGAAAAGAACUUCUUUACCAUUUCAAGUGAGAACAAACACAUAUAUGCAGUUGUAGCAACACGAAAUGACGACCUAGACGUAGUUGAUGAAUAUUAUUUAAAUGUGUAUUCUUUAUAUCAAUACUGUAGGGAAAGAUAUGCCAAUAGAUUGAAGUACUACUAUAUACAGAUAACCAACUCUUUGAAUGAUAAUAAUUUCAUAACACGUAAAAUAAUUGUUUACAAUUUGAGUGAGCAACUAUGGAAUUCUGAGUAUACUAAAGAAGACAUAAAGAAAAAGCUGAUAUGCGUAGAACACUCGAAAUGUUUAUGUUUUAUUUUAUCCUACAGUAUAUUAAUAAAAGAGUACAAAAUAUUUGUAGCUGACCUUGUAAGGCGAUUAAAUAAAAAAAAGGGAAAUAGUAGUAGUACUUUUUACAUACUUGAAAAAAAUGUUCGUACCAUAAAUAUGGGAGAAAAGAAAAAGAACCUAACCUCAUUUGAUGAAAGGGAAGCAAAGAAAAAAAAUGCACACACAUGUACAAUCGAUCAUGAGGAAAAUAUAUUAAAAAAGAAAAAGUUUGAUAUACCACGUAACAAAAAAGAAGCAAUGUUUUAUAGCAGAAUUUCCUCCAUUUUUAAUUUAUUAAAAGAACAAAAUAUACCUCUUUUAAAAUUUUACAAUUUAGAAAAUUAUACACGUAUUUUUAUAUAUAAUUGUGAAAACAUGAAUAAGAAUAAUUUUGUUUUUUUCCUCAAAAAAUUUGAGCACUUUCGUAUAUAUUUUAUAAAUCUCAACACACUAUUUGGUCUAUAUUUUAGUGAGACAGAGCAAAAUAUUUUAAACGUUUUCAAGAAAUGCACCAAAAUUGUACAGCACAGUACCAUUAAUGUAUGUCUUGUUAUUGACGGCAUUGACAUAGUUGCUGGGGAUCUAAUACGAGAAAAGCAACUGAAGGAUUAUAAUGAAAAAGGAAGCGGCAAUGGAAGCGGCAAUGGAAGCGGCAAUGGAAACGGCAAUGGAAGUGGAAAUGGAAGCGGCAAUGGAAGUGGCAAUGGUAUUGGCAAUGGUAUUGGCGGCAGUAACGAUAAGAGCAGACUGUUAGCUACACUACUGCUAUGCCUUGACAGCAUAGACAACAGCACUGUUAAAAAAAUAAAAAGGAUUGACUUAAAGCGUCUAUUUCAAAGAGAAGAAAUGCGUGUUAAAGGAAUGGAAAAAAAGAAAAUUAAAACAAAUCAUAAAAAAAAAAUGGAAAAUUUCUGUUUAUCAGAUGAUAGUCCUUACGACAGCAGCACAGAAAAUAACACAGAUGAACAUAAUAUUCACAAAAGAACAUACGCAGAAAAAUUUUUACCAAAAAAAAAAAAAGAAAAUUUAUCAGAACAUGUAACAUAUGAUAUAAAAAAAUUAGAAAAAUUUUACAAAGAAAAAUUUCAAUUAACAAAAAAAAAAAAAAAAAAAAAAAUUUGA